AUGAACGGUGGGCCAAUAGCAGCUGCCAUGCAACAGCCUUGCCCAAGUUUUCCCUUGCACGGAUGCGGCGCCGGUUCCUUGGGGAUGACGUUCCAGCCGAUGCCAGGUGCAGUCUCCUCCUCGGUGCAGCAGCAGCUGGUGGCCGCUAAGGGCCCGGCUCAGAACCCCAGCUCGUCCGCGGCGCGCUGCAAAGGCUCCAAGCGGCGCUCCGGCUCGCCGGAGCUGCUGCGCUGCAAAAGGCGCCUGGCUUUUCCGGGGCUGGCAGGGCAGCCGCAGCCGGCGGGAGGAGCCGCGGCCGUGGCCCGGCGCAACGAGCGCGAGAGGAACCGGGUGAAGCUGGUGAACCUGGGUUUCCAGACCCUGCGCCAGCACGUGCCCAACGGCGCCGCCAGCAAGAAGAUGAGCAAGGUGGAGACGCUGCGCUCGGCCGUGGAGUACAUCCGAGCCCUGCAGCAGCUGCUGGACGAGCACGACGCCGUCAGCGCCGCCUUCCACGACGGCCUCCUGCCUCCCGCGCGGGCCGUCCCCGGCGGCGGCUGCUCUUACUCCUCCGCGUCGCCCUCCUUCGCCUCCUCUUCCUCCUCUGGCGGCCGGGAGGGCAGCUCCGUGCCGGGGUCCCCGCACUCGGCUUAUUCCUCGGAUGAGAGCGGCUACGAGGGGGCGCUGAGCCCCGAGGAGCGGGACCUGCUGGACUUCACUAGCUGGAUCGGGAGCUACUGACCUC